GCCAGUAGAGCCACACCCACUCCGGCGAGCCCGCAGCGAUCCAUCGCAUCAGCCAUUCAUCGCCGUCGCCCGCCGCCGCGGGUGCAAUGGCGGAGGCUCCCACGACGCCGCCGCGGAAGCCGAAGCCGCCGAUGUCGCGCCUCAUGCGGCUCUCCCUCAAGUUCGUGGACCGCUUGACCGACGCCACCCGCCGGGCAGACGGCACGCUGAACCGCUGCGCGCUGUCGCUGCUGGACCCGCGUGUCCCGGCCAUCUCCUCCCCUUGCCGCGGCGUCGCCUCCCGGGACGUCGUCCUGGACGGCGCCCGCCGCCUCCGCGCGCGCCUCUUCCACCCGGCCACUACGACGGCCAAGUCCACGUCCCCCUUCCCCGUGAUCGUCUUCUUCCACGGCGGCGGGUUCGCGUACCUCUCCGCGGCGUCCGCGGCCUACGACGCCGCGUGCCGCCGCAUGGCGCGGUACGCCUCCGCGGCCGUGCUCUCCGUCGACUACCGCCGUGCCCCGGAGCACCGGUUCCCGGCGCCCUACGACGACGGGGUCGCGGCGCUGCGCUUCCUCGACGACCCCAAGAACCACCCUUCCACCACCACCACUAUCCCGCUCGACGUCUCCCGCUGCUUCGUCGCGGGCGACAGCGCCGGCGGCAACAUCGCGCACCACGUGGCCCGCCGCUACGCGUGCGACGCCGCCACGUUCAGGAACGUCCGCGUCGCCGGCCUGAUCGCCAUCCAGCCCUUCUUCGGCGGCGAGGAGAGGACGCCCUCGGAGCUCCGCCUGGACGGCGCCGCGCCCAUCGUGUCCAUCGACCGCACCGACUGGAUGUGGCGCGCGUUCCUGCCACCAGGCUGCGACCGCACCCACGAGGCCGCAAACUUCGCGUCCCCGGCCGCCGCCGCGGGCCUCGACUCGCCGGCGUUCCCGCCCGUGCUGCUCGCCAUCGGCGGCUUCGACCCGCUGCAGGACUGGCAGCGCCGGUACGGCGAGAUGCUCAAGAGUAUGGGCAAGGACGUGCGGGUGGCUGAGUACCCCGACGCCAUCCACGCCUUCUACGUCUUCCCCGGGUUCGACGACGCGCGAGACUUCAUGAUACGCGUCGCCGAGUUCGUCGCCGAAUGCGCCGGUGGCGGAAGUAGCGACUAGGGAGUGGUCGGAGCCGGAGCUGGAGAAGAAGCAGUCUGCACUCUGCAGUGGUCAGGCGGUGCUCGUCGCCGUUGUGUCAUCGUCGUGGCAUGUGCAGUGCAGCGAGGUGUUUGGUACAAGUGACGUGUCCAGAGUCUUGUGCUGUGGGCUGUGUGGCGUUUUGGAGGAUUAUAGCUCGUGUGCUUGCGUGGUUAAGUGACUUAUAAAAAGUGAGAGUAGACAAUGUGUGUGAUUGUUAUUAAUUGUUACUUUGGUAAGUUUGGUGUGAUAAGUCUGAUGAAUGAUGUAAAUUUUAAUAAUUAACUAAAUGAAGUUGGUGAUUUCGUGA